AUGGAACCACCUCCGUAUUUUUCUAGAUCUACACCCAUUUGUCUCUUGUCUGACCCGGCUCAGCGGCACAAUCUUUGCCGACGGCGCCGAUCCAGUCCUCCAAUUUCUAAUUGCUUUUCAUGCAAAGGCAAGAAAGUUUUCAAAGCCAGUCCGUACUAUUACUACUGUGCUACUUGCAAUUUGGAAUUCCACAGAGGUUGUCACAAGAUUCCGCCAGAGAUAAGACACCCUUUUCACCCAUUUCACCCUCUCACCCUCACUUUCUUACAUCCUAGACCUAACAGCUAUAAGUUGCUCAUGCUCCUUAUGGCCAUGAGCCCAGACCUGGACUCCUCCUCCUCAGGAGAAUCGAUACACGAAGAUGAUGAUGAUGCUGACGAGGACAACUUAUAUGACGACGAUAUGGAUGAAGCUGACUAUAUUGCUUUUUACGGUGAUGAAGACGACUACGAAGCUGCUGAUUCUCCACCAGACAGAAAAAACCGUACAUGCAAAUGUUGUCGGAAACGUUUAGACAACAGAUAUUAUCAUUGUUUUAUCUGCAAGUUCAGUCUUAAUCUGUCUUGCACUAUGACACCAACACCUCCCACUAUCUCACACAUUAAAAGCCACGAGCACGCCCUCACACUUUUCCCUAUACGACUCCCGUUGCCAUGCGAUGCUUGUGGUUUGCCUCUAGACGACACAGAAGACCACGUCUACUCUUGUCUCCCUUGCAGCCACAUGAUCCAUAGAAAAUGUAUCUAUCUACCUCGUGUCAUUAAGAUCACCCGCCAUCAACACCGUCUCUCCUUCACUUCCUCCCUUCCUCCAGGAGAAUACACUUGCGGAGUUUGUCGCAAGGCCAUCGACGUAAACUAUGGGGCAUACCCUUGCAACAAAGGAUGUCAUUAUGCUGUCCACUCAAAAUGUGCCACGAGGGAGGAUGUGUGGGAUGGUAUAGAUCUCGAAGAUGUGCCUGAAGAGGUGGAAGAAGUUGUCGAGCCAUUUGUGAGGAUUGAUUCGGAGACAAUCCAACAUUUCAGCCAUCAACAACAUUAUCUAAGACUCCAUGAAAAGAAAAGCAUUUGCGAGAAGGACAAGUUCUGUGAAGCAUGCACCCUUCCAAUAGUAGUAUCUCAAAGAUUCUAUGGGUGUAUGGAGUGCGAAUUUGUCCUUGAUGAAGAAUGUGCAUCUCUUCCUCGCAUAAAACACCACCCAGUUCAUAAACACCCGCUUACCCUCAACCCAUUCUCUAUCACUGAGUUUGGUAUGAGACUUGCUGACACGUCUUUCAAAGGCAUACUCAUUUGUAAUUGCUGUUAUCGGUUUAGUUGUGGGUUCCAGUACGUAUGCGGUGUAAGAGGUUGUGAGUUUCAGAUAGAUGUCAGGUGCGCUUCCAUUCCUGAUCCUUUUAUCCAUGCCUGUCAUCCACAUGAGCUCUUCUUCAACUUGACGUUAGAUUCUUGCAUGGGGUGUGGUGAGACGUGUUCAAUGUUUUAUCUGGAAUGUAUUAUAUGCAAAACCUGUUUGGGUAUGCAAUGUGCCACUUUACCUUGUGUGGCACACUACAAACAUGACAGGCAUCCCCUCACCCUUUGUUACGGAGAAGAAGAUACAGGUGGUCUAUAUUGGUGUGAGGUAUGUGAAACAAAAGUGGAUCCAAAGAUAUGGUUCUAUAAAUGUGGCCAUUGUAGGAUCACUCUCCAUGUAAGUUGUUUACUCGACGCUGCCUACAUAAAGCCUCAGCAGAUCAUCAUGGAAACACCUGAUGGUGAUCUUGAAGUUGAAAUUACUCGUAACGAUGCUAACACUCGACGGAUUUGCUUAUGGUGUCAUCGUCGUUGUGCACAUACUUUGGUAAUCAUGAUGGGAAUGAAGCAUUUUGAUUUUUGUACUUUCAAAUGUUUGUUUGAUGUGGCAAAAUUGGUAAAUGAAGAACCAUCAGAUUGGCAACCACUUACACUUUAA